AUGGCGCUCAAGCUAGACAUAAGUAAGGCUUACGACCAUCUUGAAUGGGGAUAUCUUCGGGCCAUGCUCGAGAAGAUGGGCUUUGAUUGGAAGAUGGAUCAAUUUAGUUAUGUCUUGUGUGGGUACUGUUUCUUACAUGAUUUCCCAUGGGGCUAUGAACAAAUUGGUUUAAUAACAGGCUGCAAGAUUUCUGGAGGAGCACCAGUUAUUUCACACAUGCUUUUUGCAGAUGAUAGUUACAUCUACUGUAAAGCUACAGAGGAAGAAGCACAUAAUGUGAAAGAAUUAUUGUACACUUAUGAGAUGGCUUCGGGGCAAAAGAUUAAUUUCAACAAGUCGUCUGUUUUCUACAGUCACAAUACCAACAUUUAUCAUCGAGAUACAAUCUGCCACAUGCUUGAUAUAUAUGAGGCAGAUGAGAAUGACACUUAUUUGGGGCUCCCUUAUUCGGUUGGUAGGAACAAGAACACUAUUCUUGGUUUUCUGAAGGACAAAAUAAGAAAGAGAAUUCAAGGCUGGGAAGGACGAAUUUUAUCUCGACCAGGAAAGGAAGUGUUGCUGAAAGCGGUUGCGCAAUCAAUUUCCAGCUAUGCUAUGAGUGUUUUUCUGUUACCUUUGGAGACUUGCAAGGAAUUGGAGCGUCUUAUGGAAAAAUUUUGGUGGAAAACUGAUUCUAUUUUGAAAGAAGGUGUUAGUUGGAUGAGUUGGGACCGGUUGAGCCGUUAUAAAAAUGUUGGAGGCCUUGGCUUUCGAAUCUUGCGGGAUUUUUCUUGGCUCUUCUUGGAAAGUAAUCUGAGUUGGGAGAUAACCCAAGCUUCAUAUGGAGGAGUAUUUUUUAGGCUAAGGGACUGUUACAAGCAUGUGUCACUUGAACCAUUGUAUGUUGGCAGUCUUUUUAAGACGGAUGGCCGUGCUUGGGACGAGGAGUUAUUAGAGAUCUCUUUAACGUUCGAGAUCAGGAGCUGA